GGCGCCCGAGAACCAAGGUCGCCGCCCACUCCCCCGGCAGGUGCCAGGUGCCAGCCUCGCCUCGCCGCGUGGCGUCCGCGGGCCCGAAGGGGUUAAGGCCGCGGGCCUGGUCACUUGCCCGGGGCUCCGGGAGCGGCGGUGCCGGGUGGCCGGCGGUCGAGCUGGGAGGUUGGGGCACGGCAGCGGCCCGGCCGCGCUCCCUCCUCCUCCUCCCUCCGCCUCCUCCUUUGUAGCGAGUUCCCGGCCCCUCUUCCUCCCCCCGCCCCCCAGCCCCGGCCCGCUCCCUCUCUUCCUUUCUUCCUGCCUCGCCUUCCUGCGGCGAAGGAGGUUCAUCUAUUAUAAAUGCACAUUCUGGGCUGACAUCAGCGCCGAGCGGCGGGCAAGCGCCAACGAGCGGUCCCUGCGCGCUGCCCGCCCGGAGCGCGGCCCCCAGACUCCGCAGAGCAGCCCGCGGGGCGCCGGGAGCGCGCGGAGAGCCGCCCGGGCCGCAAGCUCGCCAAGCCGCGCCGGACCCCUUCCCGCCGCUGCCUGGGGCCGCAGCCGCCCCCGCACGCCGCGCCCGCGCCCCCGCACCGCCGGGGAGUUUCUGCAUGACUGUCACAAAGAUGUCCUGGCGUCCGCAAUACCGAAGCUCCAAGUUCCGGAAUGUCUACGGGAAGGUGGCCAACCGGGAGCAUUGCUUUGACGGGAUCCCCAUCACCAAGAAUGUGCACGAUAACCACUUCUGCGCUGUCAACACACGCUUCCUGGCCAUUGUCACUGAGAGCGCUGGAGGUGGCUCCUUCCUGGUCAUCCCCCUGGAGCAGACAGGCAGGAUUGAGCCCAACUACCCCAAGGUCUGUGGUCACCAGGGCAAUGUGCUGGACAUCAAAUGGAACCCCUUCAUUGACAACAUCAUUGCCUCAUGCUCAGAGGACACAUCGGUUCGGAUCUGGGAGAUUCCCGAGGGCGGGCUGAAGCGGAACAUGACCGAGGCACUCCUGGAGCUGCACGGGCACAGCCGGCGCGUGGGGCUGGUCGAGUGGCACCCCACCACCAACAACAUCCUGUUUAGUGCGGGCUAUGACUACAAGGUCCUCAUCUGGAACCUGGAUGUGGGCGAGCCGGUGAAGAUGAUUGACUGCCACACGGAUGUGAUUCUCUGCAUGUCCUUCAACACAGAUGGUAGCCUACUUACCACCACGUGCAAAGACAAGAAGCUGCGUGUGAUCGAGCCCCGCUCCGGCCGUGUUCUGCAGGAGGCAAACUGCAAAAACCACAGAGUGAAUCGGGUGGUGUUCCUGGGGAACAUGAAGCGGCUCCUCACGACAGGGGUCUCCAGGUGGAACACCAGACAGAUUGCACUCUGGGACCAGGAAGACCUGUCCAUGCCCCUGAUAGAAGAGGAAAUCGAUGGGCUCUCGGGCCUCCUGUUUCCUUUCUAUGAUGCUGACACCCACAUGCUCUACCUGGCUGGAAAGGGGGAUGGAAACAUCCGCUACUACGAGAUCAGCACGGAGAAGCCCUACCUGAGUUACCUCAUGGAGUUUCGCUCCCCAGCCCCACAGAAAGGCCUAGGAGUCAUGCCCAAGCAUGGGCUGGAUGUGUCGGCCUGUGAAGUGUUCCGCUUCUACAAGCUGGUCACUCUCAAGGGCCUGAUCGAGCCUAUCUCCAUGAUCGUACCCCGCAGGUCGGAUUCAUACCAGGAAGACAUUUACCCCAUGACACCGGGCACGGAGCCAGCCCUGACCCCGGAUGAAUGGCUAGGAGGCAUCAAUAGAGAUCCUGUGCUGAUGUCUUUGAAAGAAGGCUAUAAGAAGUCCUCAAAAAUGGUAUUUAAGGCUCCCAUCAAAGAAAAGAAGAGUGUUGUGGUCAAUGGCAUAGAUUUAUUAGAAAACGUCCCGCCCAGGACAGAGAACGAGCUCCUACGAAUGUUCUUCCGGCAGCAGGAUGAGAUCCGAAGGUUGAAGGAGGAGCUGGCCCAGAAGGACAUCCGCAUUCGGCAGCUCCAGCUGGAACUGAAAAACUUGCGCAACAGCCCCAAGAACUGUUAGCUCCCCAGUUGGGCUGUUUUCGAAGCCGAUCUCUCCGUUUCUACUUGUCCCUUAACUUCCCUUUAUCCAGUGACCCCAGAGACAGAGCCAGGACUGGAGGCCAGCCUGAGGACCCCACCUACCACCUCAAGAACUGGAAGCCAACCUUUGACCUCCUGACCUCAUGCUAAUAAAAGUCCCCAGCCCCUCCUGGAGACCCCCUGCUGGGUGGUCUUCCUUUUUUUCCCCCCCCUGCCAGCCCAGGAGCCAGCCUUCCCCUCUGCUGGGUGAAGACCACAGACUCCCUGAGGAGGUGCCCUCAAUGGACCAGGGAGCAGGGAGGGAAGUGGGAUCCCAGUUAAACUUGGAACUUGAACUUUUCCCCUGCCCAGGGGACUGGGAGGAUGAGGACAUCUCAUCACUCUCUGCUGGAGGUCUCAGCAUCCUUGAUGGAACCACAGAGUAAGGGCUGGGUCACAGGCUCAAGUGCUUCCUCCCUGCUUCCCACCUGACCCACCUGACAAAGGCGGCCAGCAGCCCAGACCCAUCUGUCUCCUCCCCUCCCUACCUUGUCUUCAGGGAAUUAAAAGGAUUGCUCUCCAAGGCCAUACUGACCCCUUUGCCUUCCCCAGGACUCUCUUCAAAGCUCUUGCAUACCCUUUUCCCAUUUAAUUUAUGAGCCAAGCAAGGUUGGGAUUAGUGUCCCCAUUUGACAAAUGACAGAACUAAGGGUUGCAAUGGGGAAGCGACAUGCUAAGUCACCCAGCAGGUCAGUGGUGAACCCAGUGCCAGGACCCUGGGUAUCCAGACCCCAAGGCCAGGGCCUUUCCCACUGCAUCAAGAUGCCAAUCCCAUUGUGGGCUUCACCAGUGCCCAAGUCUCUGUGGAGAAUGAGAACUGGAAGCCAUCCCCCCUGUCUGCCCAGCACCAGUAGUGCCCACGUGCCACACUGCCUGGCCAAGGCCCCUCUGCUCAGUGCCCCUAGGUCCUCCUGGCCCUGAACCCUCAGCUCUCACCUCCCCCAUCUUCCCUGGGGACUCCAUCUGAGAUGAGGCCUCUUCCUCCUGAAGGCUGAGGCCGAAGAGGGUGGAGCUUGGCCCCAGGGAGGCAGAGCAGGGUCUGAAGGCACCUAGGAGUGCUCUGCGUGUCUCUCGCUGCCGCUAGCUCAGCUACUUUCAGCCUUACGCACGUAGAAUGACCGCGGCCACUCGCAUCAGCAUAGCACUUUAAGGUUUACACAGUUCUUUGACACAUAGGACCUCACUGAGCCUCAUAUCCACCCCAUUUUGCAGAUGAGGAAACAGAGAGAAGUGGCCCAAGGUCACAUCUCUGAGAUGCCACGUUUCAUUUGGUCUUCUAUACGUUUUCUUUUGUUCCUUCUUCUCUCCCUUCAUUUCCCACUACCCACACAGUUUAUAAACACUGUUCUCAGAAGGGUUACCGUCUGGGGGUGAGAUCUGAGGAUCAAGAAAUGGGUGUCCACUCUUCCCUCUCAUUAGCUAGGAUCUACUAGGUGCAUUACACCCCACUCCCGCUCUUCCCAUGGCCACCCUACGGAAUAUUCCAUCCAUUAAGGCCAGGGCUAUUCAAGGCCCUCUAGGUGAGCUGGGCCUGCGGAAGCCUCCUGGCCCUUGGGCCUUUGCUGUAAGAACCUUCCAUCCUCUCAGCCAGCUAAAGCAGGGCCACCUCCUCCCACCCCUGCAGCUAGACAGUGUCAGCUUUCAUCUCCUCCCCACAUUUCCAGAGCUUUUUUUCUUCCUCAUUGACAUUUGUGGUCUUCUGUGAUUAUUUAUGCUGCCUCCCAAGGAUAGAAUUGAAAUAAAAUGUUUUCAACUUA